AUGGCCGUCGACCACCCCAUUGCCGCCGGCCGUUCGGACCACAAUCAGCUUUUAGUGUGGAGGGAGUUUCUUUGGGGCGCAAUUGCAGGUGCUUUCGGCGAAGGGAUGAUGCACCCUGUCGACACCAUAAAAACACGCAUUCAAAGCCAAGCCAUUUUCAGCGGUGGCAAGCAUCAGAGUACUGCAAGACAAUUGGUACGUGCUGUUUGGACUACAGAUGGUUUGCAAGGCCUUUACAGAGGGAUCACACCAGGAGUAAUGGGGUCUCUAGCUACUGGAGCUACAUAUUUUGGAGUAAUAGAGUCCACCAAGAAAUGGAUGGACGAAUCGUACCCUAAUAUCGGGGGUCACUGGGCACAUUUCAUAUCUGGAGCCUUAGGAGAUACACUUGGCUCUGUUAUAUAUGUUCCUUGUGAAGUGAUGAAGCAACGGAUGCAAGUUCAGGGCUCCAAACAAUACUGGACAUCUGUUGUGGCGAAAAAAGGUUCUCAUGUCAAUCAUGGAAUGCCUGUGUAUGGGUACUACACUGGAAUGUUUCAGGCUGGAUGUUCGAUAUGGAAGGAACAAGGCAUGAAGGGACUAUAUGCAGGAUACUGGUCAACGCUUGCAAGGGAUGUGCCAUUUGCUGGCCUUAUGGUUACUUUCUAUGAAGCUUUUAAGAAUGUGGCACAAUAUGGGAAACACAAAUUACUCCCCAAUUCAAACUUUCAAACUAAUAGUUCUUUUGAGGGGCUCGUAUUAGGAGGGCUAGCUGGUGGUUUGAGCGCGUAUCUCACUACUCCCCUGGAUGUUGUCAAAACGAGAUUGCAAGUACAAGGGACAGUGACUCGGUAUAAUGGAUGGUUGGAUGCUCUUUGUAAGGUAUGGUAUGCUGAAGGAGUAAAAGGGAUGUUCAGAGGUGGUGUCCCCAGACUUAUGUGGUAUAUUCCAGCAUCGGCUCUCACUUUCAUGGCUGUAGAAUUUCUCAGAGAUCAACAUCAUAAAGUGACGAGCAUAUCAAUUGACAAAAAGGAGUCACCCUUGCAAGAGAUUUCAUGA